AUGUCAUCUACUCAGGUUCUACGAAUCAGUCGUUUCGACCCCGCCAACGCAACCUCCAAGCAAAAGCAGAUCAUCCAACUGAAGAGUUCCGUGACUGGUGAGAAAUUAAGUGGCAUACGUCAACUACUUCGGGACAACAACGUCUAUGAAUCCAAGGAUUUCAAGAGCCCAUUCUGCGAGAAGAAUGGAUCCGACGUUGGCGACGACAUGUCUUUCAAGGUAUAUCUUCAGCUGCUCGGUAACAAGGAUCCAUCUACAGGUCCACUCGAUGUCUACUUCAAGACCAAGAAGAUCUUUUCACCGAUAGAUCAGACAACUCAAGACUUGAUCAAUGAGAAGUUGGACCUCGCAUUCCAGCAAGAGCCUGAAUUAAUCAAGAAGAAUCCGGAGCUCUUAACUUCGUCUUUCAACCCUGAUCAGUGGAAAGCGGUGAAAGGAGACAUUAGUCAUGCUGCUGACCUCACAGAGAGGGAGUGGAGCGUCAUAAUACGAACCAAUUGUCUCCUCAGCGGUCAUCGAAUCUUGACUAUAAGCUACAGGAGAGACGGAACGCCAAUGAAGAAAGCCUUGGAUGGUAUCGAACGGAGCCCUUACAACGCUUUCAAAUUAAAACCCAGGAAAUUUGAGUCUUAUGAGAUAUCCUCAAGCGGUGUCGACGAUCCAACCAUCAGUGCUGGUGAAGAGUGUACUUUUCGAAUCCCUCGAUUCCGCGUCGAUGACGACUCUUCAGUUACUAUUGUCGAAACAAAGACGAGCUUUCAGAAGUCAAUGGCGGAUAGUUCCUUUUCAGAGUCAUCCUUCCAAGUCGCCGCAUCUGGUGGUGCUUUUGGGUUUUCAGCAGCUGCCCAAGCCGGUGCUGCCAAGUCCAAUAGCAAUGAAACUGCAAAAGCCGAGGAAAGGGAAGACGCAUCUCUUGUCGCCAACUACAACUUUCCCCGAGUGACUCUGUACUGGGACCACACGUCGCUCACAGUUACUGAAGAAUGUCUCAAAGAUAUCGAGACCGUGGUCGAUAAACGCACGUUGAAUCGUUUCAAUGAGAAGUACGGACACAUCUUCUCCCAACGUGUCCAACUCGGAGGUCGCCUUUCUUCGUCUGAGAAGGUAGCCAAGACUGGCGGUGUUAGCACUGCAACCCAAGCUGAAAAGCUGAAAGCCAGCGCUUCAGCCUCAAUCAGUUCCUCUUUCGUCCAGGCUUCUGUUAGCGCUAGCCACGAGGAACAAAGUAAGCAAAAUCAAAGCUCUAACAAUAAAAGCCUUAACAGAUCGAUGGCAUGGGAGGCAACUGGAGGGGACACUUUGCUUUGCAACAAUCCUGCAAAGUGGUGUUCUACUGUUAGCCUCCACGACAACUGGCGUAUUGUGAACCAAGACGAAGUCAUACCUCUGUACAAAUUCCUAUCUAGGUUCCCCGAGGUCGGCGAAAGUAUAAUUAAAAGGUUCGAAGGCAGCGCCAAAAAAUAG